AUGUUUUACUCCCACGAGAUUCUCGCGAGCCCUCAGUAUGGCGUCGCGACGGUCUGGCUGGUUGCCAAUCUCGGCGUCUAUACCACCAACCGCAAACUCAACCGCAAGGCCAUAGAGAGUGUCAACGUCCCCCAAGCAUGCGACACCAUCGAAAAGCCGCCCGGCGCGCCCAUCGCCUUGCGGCUGCAGGGGAGCCUCCUUUAUGGCGUGUCUGGAGUGUACCUCAAGAAGCACAACUACCUCCUGGAAGAUGCUGAGAAGGUAUGGACUCACAUGCGUGCCUUCUAUCGUUCUCUCCAGCAGUCCACCUCGAAUGGGAUAGACCUCAAGGCGGGAAAGGCCAAGCGAUCUCAGUUGAUUCUUGUUGACGACCCCAACUUCGUUCCGAGUUUCGACCUGCCUCCCCUUGACUUUGACGAGAACGGCGACUUGCUCUUUCCGGGAUUGGACUUCAGCCAGCGUACCAAACUCUCCUCGCAGCUUUCUCCGAUCGAUCGAGGCAGCGGUUCUGUUGUGUCUCCGGCCGCCGCCCCUUUCAUCAACCUCAACAUUCGCCACUCAUCAAGCCAGGAAAGCUUAGGUGUUCCUUCACCUUUCGGUGGCAGACAGCAAAAGCCAAACGACCUCGAUAUCGAAAUGGCGUUCGGAGAGGAAGAGGUGCUGCCGUUUGCAGACUUUGGUCUCACCAUCGAUGCGGAUGGAAAUCUUGUCGAGCAGCCCGAGCCGGAGCUGCCUCUCCAUCCACAAUCUGGAGCAGUCCUGGGCGGCGAAGCUGAGCAGAAAGAUGGUAGCGCACUUGCGCUUCUUGAAGACGAAGCCAUGUUCAUUCCCGGCGAUGAAGAUCAGAUUAUCCUUGGUGACGACCCCUUUGCCGAAGAGGCAGUUGUCCCAGCUCAACAAAAUGCACAAAAUGCUCAACAAGACGAAGUGCCCCUUCCUUCUGAGGAACUAAUCAGCUCUGACGAGCCCCAACCUCCUCAGCAGCGAAAAACGCGCACAAUCAAGCGCCUCGGCCCCGAUGUUGCGACCCAUGUCGGCCGAGAAGAAUUCAAGAGUUGGUCAGAGAACUAUGUCGCUCGUGUGGAGGAGGCUCGCAACGUUCAUCACCAGGUCACAGCAGCUCAGGCAAAGAAGAACGCGUACAAUUUCACAUUUGGUAUGGGUGUAAUGGGCGUGGGCGUCCUUAACAAUAUUCCUGAGCUGAAUCACCCGCUCGCACAGUUCUUUGCAGGUGACGAGCUCAAGGCCAUUGUCAUGGGUGACGUCGAGGUGCAAAUCGAGGAGGAAGAUGAAGAACAGGCUCGAUCGCGUCGUCGUCGAUCUGCCUCAAACGCCUUCGAGGAGGAAGAGAAUGUGUUCAAUGAGCGCCGAGUCCGCGCACGCCUAGAUGAAGGUGAAGUCGAAGAGCAGGAUCCUCAGCUUGGCCGCAAUGAGCAGGAGCAAGAUGGUCAAACCAUCGAUGACCCGAUGAUGAUAUUUGGCGAUGACCUGCCUGAGAUAGGCCGUGAGCACCACGGAUCCGCCAUGUCUGACCACCGCCGCUCAUCCAACGCGCCCUGGAACCGCCCUUCUUCAGUCAUUCCUUCCUCGACCCGAAGCCAGAAGGGCCGUGAGGCAGGCAUAAUCGCCGUUGAGGGCAGCCCACUUGUCGGCCGAGGCAGCAUUCUCCCCAACGACCCCAGGCUCAAUGAUGGUAAUAUGCCGUCUUUCGGCUACGAUGGCCUGAAUCCUCAUCUCAAUGACGGCGCAAACGAACUCAGCUCCCUCAGUGAAUUCGGCGCAGCUGCCGGCGUCAGUACGCAAGAGGCCAACACGAGCCAGUUCAUGCGGAACGCUCUCGACCGCGAGGGUCGCAACUUUCUCAACUUCGUGGAGCGUGUUGCUGGCGAGCGUGGCGAUCGGGAUGAGAUGGAAGAGAACGGCCGCUGGGUUGAGUUUGACAGCCUCUUCGAGGAGCAAGACAAGACGAAGGCGGUUGUUGCGCAGGCUUUCCUGCACAUCUUGACGCUUGCAACCAAGGGCCAGAUCAAGGUGAAGCAAGAGGGCAUCAAGGAGAAGAUUGCCUACGGUGAGAUCCGCGUUGGAGUCACUGAUCCGUCCGUGGAGCAGCCAAAGGACGCACCCGAGGAGAUGGUGGGUGUGGAGGUCGAGGGAUGA